UUUGGAAACUCUUCACUGUGUUAAAAAUGGCACGUACUAAGCAAACUGCCCGUAAAUCCACCGGAGGAAAGGCUCCCCGUAAGCAGCUCGCAACCAAGGCGGCACGUAAAAGUGCUCCCGCCACCGGUGGAGUGAAAAAGCCUCAUCGUUACAGGCCCGGUACCGUCGCUCUCCGAGAGAUCCGUCGCUACCAGAAGUCGACCGAGCUUCUGAUCCGCAAGCUGCCCUUCCAGCGUCUGGUCCGUGAGAUCGCUCAGGACUUCAAGACCGACCUGCGCUUCCAGAGCUCUGCCGUGAUGGCUCUUCAGGAGGCUAGCGAGGCCUACCUUGUUGGUCUGUUUGAGGACACCAACUUGUGCGCCAUCCACGCCAAGCGAGUCACCAUCAUGCCCAAGGACAUCCAGCUUGCCCGCCGCAUCCGUGGCGAGAGAGCGUAAACAGUUCCUCACAAGAACACAACAAAAAGGCCCUUUUAAGGGCCACCACAUUAUAUAAAAGUCAAAGGUUCAUGCUUCUUCUUUGAUCUAAGAAGGCUAGGCUUGGGUAUUUCUUCCUUCAUAUCCUUUUGAAAGAAGCUUUUAAUGCUAAAAACAUCAGGGUUCCAAUAACUCACUAAACUCCUUAAAGCCACGGUAGGACCUUCUGGCUCGUUCAAGUUGAACAAGGCUGACAAGCGAAAACGUCAGCGGCAACUAAACCCGCCGCCAAAUUAACUCCCUCCAUGAAAGCCAAAUCCCCCCAAGAAGCCAGCACCUUAGAAGGCAACAAAGUCGCCCAAGAAGGCAGCGAAAAAGCCGGUUGCUAAGAAACCAGCAGUUGCCAAGCCCAAGAAGGCCGCGAACAAGCCCGCUGCAAAAAAGGCAGCCAAGAAAUAAAGACUAUACAGUCGGAGCAGGAUCGAAACAUCGCCUAAUAAUUCUCGAAGAUUUCCAGUUGUAUCUCUCUGUAUUAUGAAAGUUGAGACGUAAAACGCCAUAUAGUACAAUGUUUACAUAUUGCUUAUAGCUAUUAUUGUAACAAUUCUACCUGCCAUAUUAAACUCUAGCUAGACGGAGACAAACGAAA